AUGGCAUCCUCGCCACCACCACCACCACCACCAGGACACGAGCUACCUUUUCGAUCUGCCUCUGCUCUCAAGAAGCGUGUCCAACGAUCAACGCGACAACGGACUGGUUUUUCUAAAGAGCCUGGGUCUCCUUCCAACUGCCCCUCUGCUACUCCUCACCCCUUCAUCACCACUAAUCGAUCUCCCCACGGGAACACGGAAGGUGCCGGUGCCGGCCCCUCAAACGUAUCCACAGUAGAUCAGCCACUGCGAAAACGUGCUCCCAGAGAUGUUUCCUCCACAAUCCGGGACCAGACAUUCACCUACCCUGCAAUCCUGCACGCUAUUGAGCAAUCCGAUAAUCGAAGAGCGCUACUCGAACUCCUCCAGCAGGAACUCCAGGCUAUACAAAGAGACCCCAAUGAUGAUGACGGAAACCAGACGAUGCCCGGACAGGGGAUCAGGCAACUGACAGCCGCUAUCCGCGAAACUGAGAUCGACAUCGCAGAGCAGGAUAGGGAGGCGGUGCUGAAGGAGCGGAGCAAGAGAGCCAAAUCCCUGAGAACCACGAUUGGUCCUCUGUCAACAAAAAGCCAUGGACAGACCAUCACUUCGGGGCCUUCAGGAUGGCCGAGUGUCACUGGGCAGCGUGAACGACAAGGAAUUACUGCUAGGAGUAGGGACUCUGGCGGGGUGACUCCUUUAGAAGGCAUUGUUACCACAGGUCGAUUUGCGAGCAGUUCUGCUGGCCGUGGUACUCGUACUCCCAGCAAGCAAUCUUCUCGUCAAAGCGCAACCCCUGCAUGCAGGCGAAGCGAGCAUGCUACCCGGAGUACUACUCGUACAUCUACACCAGACAGGGAGAAGGAAACGUCCAAGCAAGCGGCUGCUGCAACAAGGAGUGAUAUUCCAAGUUAUAUUGAUGCGCAAACUAGAGCUCAUAGCCAAUCGUCAAGCUUAUCUGGUGACAAGAGAUCCACGAAAGCCAAUCCAGAAAUUAAUGACAAGGCCACUGGUCAGAGUGUCGGUACAAGAGGAGGUGCUGCUAGUCCGUCCAGUGGCAGGUCUCAGCCAGUUAUGCCAUGUUCAAGCAGUGCGGCAGCCGUAAGGACUGUUGCUCAAAAACAGGCUGCCGAGCUGGAAAUUGCUGCACUGUGGAGGAGUGCUCGGAAGGAGACUACCAAUCCAUCUCGUAGCAGAUCAUCUUCACCCGCCAGCCCGCAGGUCAAUGUGAGACUUGAUAGUGCGAAUAGAGGCGCAAGGGCCGACACUGCUGGUCCAUCAUACAACAGACCGCCGCCUGUCAUGCCUAGGUCAAGUAGUCAUUGGAGACCGGCAGAUAGUGGUCCUGAGGUCAGUGAUACACCAAGAGGCGUGGCUGGUCCAUCUGGCGGCCAACCAACUCGUUUCCUGCCUGCGCCAAGUGGCCAAAUGAGUGCAGCAGCGAGUGGUGCUACGAGUAGCGGUAUCAGAGGAGAUGCUGCUGCCUUGCCCGUUGGCAUACCAAGUCACGUUCAACCUUCGUCAGCUGGCCCGUGCGCUGCCGCUGCAAGUGGCCCUGUAGGGAAUCUUGCGGGAGGAAACGCCGCUGAUCCACCUCCCAACGGACCUGGAUUUUUCCCACCUUUGCCAGGUGCUGUGGGUAAUGCUGUAUGGACAAACGUUGCUGGUCAAGCCAUUGGCAUACCUGGUAUAGUAUGGGGUUUACCGAUUGGUUCAUCCGCCGGCAUACCUGGAUUUCCUAUGCCUCCGCUAGGUGACUCGAGUACUACUGUACGUGGUACACCGGUUGGUAUGGGUGGGUUUCCUAUGCCUCUACUAGAUGGCUCGAGUGCUGCAGUACGUGGUGCUACUGGUCCACUCAUUGGCAUACCUGGCUUUCCCAUCCCUCCAGAAGGUAGUUCGGAUGCUGUCGUGCGGCGUGCUUCUGAUCCUCCCAGAAGCAUACCUGGGCCCUCUUUGUCUCCGCUAGUUGGCAAUUGGGUUGCUGCGGGUAGUGCAACAGUGACUGAUACCGGCACGGGUCAACCCAGUCUACCUACUGCUUCACCCAUACCUAAUGUUGGUGGUGCACCUGUUUAUGGGGCUCAUGCUGGGAAUACAGCUUUUUGGAACGCAGCUGGCGCCCAAGCGAGUGAUCGACCCGGAGCUGCUAUCAUCAGCCAGGACAGAUAUUGGGGUGCUGCUGUUGAGCGGCAGACUGCUGGAACGGCUAGUGAUAGAGCUGGACCCAGCACCGUUGAAAAGGGAAAUAAGGAAGGGGUUGCUAGUAAAAGCAGUGGUAGCAAGAGGAGAGCUGCAGCUCCACCUGGUGAUAUAAUUUCUAGUGGAGAGCAGAGAGAUGCUGGAGCGGGUAGUGGUGCUAGAGGAGCAACCGGUUCGUUAAGUAGUAGGAUGGGGCCUCCCGCCUCGAAGCAGGCUAGCAGACAAAGAGAUUCUGCUUCGACCACUGGUACUGAGGGUGAGACCGGUAACACUCGAAUCGAGCAAGAAGAUGCGGAGGAUGAACUACAUUGGACUGAUCUGAUAGAAUAUCACCAGCCAACACCUGAUGGGGAUGAUACCUGGCAGCAAUGA